AUGUUGCUGCUAACCGAGGAGCAGAAACGCUCCUACGACGCCGACGGCUUCGUCCUGCUGGACAACGUCUUCACAACGGAGGAGGUGGAUGAGAUUAGCGCCGCCUAUGACUCCGUGUUCGCCAGGGCGCUGGAGGCUAACAGUCAGAUGGAAGGCACGUGGUCGGGCGACUGGCAGAGAAAAGGGAUGCCCCAGGGACGCGGGUUUACGGUGCACUCGAUCCACAACCUGCAGUACCACGACGCGGUGUUCCUGCGACUGCUGACCCACCGGAAACUACUGGACGCCUGCAGUGACGUCAUGAACACGGAGAACAUCCUGCUGCACCACACCAAGGCGCACGUCAAGCCGCCCGGUCGGGGCUCACCCUAUCCCAUGCAUCAGGACUACCACUACUUCCCGUUCCGCCACGACUCGAUGGUGGCGGUGUUCAUCCACCUGGACGACUCGGACAUAUCCAAUGGCUGCCUGGCGGUGUAUCCGGGCUCCCACCGGCAGGGACCGCAGACUGACUGCAGCUCCGACCCCGGCUAUCACCACGUGGAUCAGACCAAGUUCCCCCUGGCGUCGGCCUCCCCGCUGCAGGCCCGCCGCGGUCAGGUGCUCAUCUUCUCCUACCUGUUGGUACACGGCAGCUACGCCAAUCUCUCGGAGAGAGCCCGACGCAUGCUGCUCAUACAGGUGCGCUUCUGUGUGGAUCCGCUAAUGGCGGCCGAGGACGAGCCUCUGAAGGCGAUGCACGUCUCGCCCAGCCAGGGACUCUGUCUGCGCGGGGCAAACCGACGAGCGGAGACCGACAUCAGGCGCAGGCACCUGCAGAGCAGCCAGGUGCAGGAGUACGAAAAGGACGCGCAGUAG